GCGGUUACCCUUGCGUCAUCGUCAUGAUCUCAGUGGCGCGCCGAUGAUGUCAUUAAGUCGGUCCGUCGUCCCUUGGAUGCGCGAGCGAUGACGUUGCGCGGGGCGGGGCAGGGGCGGGGUUUUUGCCCCGCCCCCCUCGAGUGGCGGAAGUUGUCGCGGAGUCGGCCUGGGCCUCGCUUCCGUUCGGAGACAGCGGAGACGGCGGAGGUAGCGGCGGAGGCGACGCGGAACAACCAACCCCUGAUCCCAGCUCCGUGCGGAGGAGAGAGAGAGAGAGCCUCCACCCCCCCGGUCGUCAUGGUGACCCGACGAGGUUUUUGCUGGAAGAGCUGACUCGGUCGUCGUUGCUGCCUCGUCCGCCCGCCUUGUCCCCGACGCGACGGCCGCCCUGCCCUGCCUCGCCCUGCCUCGCCCGUCGGCUGCUCUCUCAGCAUUCCAGUCUGGCGACGCCUCCCACCGGGGGUCGCAUUUUAACUCGGGACUCGGCGAGGACGCGUUCAGAGACGACAGCUCCGGUGUUCCGGGGAGCUUAGGACGAGCCGAAGAUGUUUCCGAGCUUCCGCAAGGACAAGAAGGAGAAGGGAGAGAAGGGAGAGAAGGAGCGGCGCAAGCGGGGAGAAUCCCAGGCGGCAGCUCCUGCCAUGAGCCAGCAGGACCUGCAGAGGCUCGAGGAAGCUGGACUGAAGAGGGGCUUCUUUAAUCUGACGAGGUCGUCGCGCCGAGGGGAGAACUCCUCCUCCACCUCCUCGUCAUCGUCCUCCAUCUCCUCGCAGCAGCAGCCGCCGCUGCAGAACAAUCGCGAUUCCAAGGGGUUCGAGGAUUCCAACGAGGGAUCUGGCAGCCACGUCCUGCAGAGAGCGUCGGUGUUUGGCGUGCUGGCGCCCAAGCGCGCAUCUUGGACUCGAAAGGAGGAGGCUGCUGCCCAGCCCUCGAUCGGUAAAGCUCGGCCGAGCCUCCGGCGGCCGGACUCGGUCGACGCAGCCCAGGCUGACGCGGCGCCGCCCUCGGCGGCGGGUGCUAGCGGCGCAGGCUACGCCGCGCAGGGGGCGGUGACCAGGACAGACGUCCCGCUGAUGGCGACGAAGCCGGGGCCGGCUCGGAAGGAAGGCCCGACUCCUGCACCGAGAGCAGGAGAUGGAGCGGCCCGGCCCAGCGCUCCAGCGGAGGUGAGUUUUCCGGUGCCCGCGUGCCGGGAGAAGGAGCUGGCGCUGCCCGUGCCGGACGUGCGCAUUACCCCGGCGCUGCUGCCUCCCCGGGACAUCACCCUGCACCGCCGCCCGGCCGGAGACUUUGGCUUCUCGCUGCGGCGCGCGUACCUCGUGGGGGCCAACGGGGAGCGCAGCACCGUGCACUACGCCGAGCCCGGCGCGCGCGACCCGCCCGUCUCCACCGCCGCGCACCCGGCCGCCCCCGCUUCCGCGGCGAACUCUGCACCCGAAGGUGGCGCGUGGCAAGCGUUGCUGCCAGGUGAUCGGCUGUUGGCGAUCGACGAGGUGAGCGUGGAGGGGCGUUCGCGCGAGGACCUGGUGGCCGUGAUCCGCGCGGCUGGGACGCUCAUCACGCUGCGCGUGCAGCCGGCGCCGGAGCUGUGUGAGAUCGCGCGCUGCUGCCUCGACAUCCCCGACAGCGCCAGCGCUCGCAGAGCGGACGAGGCUGCGCAGACGGGCUUCUGUCGGCUCUCUGCCGUGUGUGCUCGCGUCACUUCCUGGCUUGCUGGGGGGGAGCCCGCCUCUGGGGGAGGGGACCGCGUCUGGGUUGUUCAUCAGCAAGGCUUCACCCUGGCGCACAUGCUGGGCCCUGCGGGCGAGGGCCGGGUCCGCGUGCGUCUCGAUCACAACGGCUCCACCGUGGAGGUGGACGAAGAUGAUCUGGAGAAGGCGUCGCCGGAGAGCUGGGACCACUCUCAGGACGUGUCGGGCCUGCAUUUCCUCAACGAGAGCUCGGUGCUGCACACGCUGCGGCAGCGCCAUGGCAACGGCCUCCUCCACACGCGCGCCGGCGAGCACCUGGUGUGCGUGCACCCGGGCUCCCUCACACACACCUACUCCGACAAGGUCAUGCACCUGUUCCGCAGCCUGGGCGGCGAGGACCCCCCGCCGCACCUCUUUGCGGUAGUACGGUCCGCCUACCGCACCAUGCUGGCCUCGCGCCGGGACCAGUCCAUCGUGUGCAUGGGGCCGGUGGGGUCGGGCAAGACGACCGCGCUGCAGCACGCGGCGCUCUGCACCAUCGUGCUUGCCAGCGGCCACAGCAGCAUCACAGCGGAGCGUCUGCAGGCGGCCUUCACUCUGCUGGAGAGCUUUGGCCACGCGGCUGUGAGCGGCAGCCCCAACUCGUCGCGCCACUGCAACAUCCUCUCCUUGGACUUCGACGCUGCCGGCGCCCUGGCCAGCGCAAGCAUCCAGGCCAUGCUGCUGGAGCGGUCGCGCGUGACGCGGUGGCCCGCGGGAGAGGAAACCUUCAACGUGUUCCACCAGCUGCUGGCCGGCGCUGACUCGGCACUGCGUUCAGAGCUGAGCCUGCACACGCUGAGCGAAGACCACGCGUUCUGCAUCAAUCCCCCACACAAGGACGAGCGGACGAGGCUGUCUCUGCAGUUCUCGCGCCUCGUCACCGCCAUGAAGCUGCUGGGCUUCUCGGCCGAGGAGCAGAACGGAGUCUGGCGUGUCCUGGCGACCAUCUACCACCUGGGCGCCUCGCACACCCUCAGCGAGGCUGCGUUCUCGAGCUCAGAGUCCGCUCACCGUGCUGCUGCAGCUCUGGGCUGCGCAGUUGACCAGCUCACGGAGGCCGUCUUCGAUCACAGCGGGGUGAGGCUGCCCCCGCAGGACUGCGUGGCCGGGCUUGCGUCUGCCCUCUACGGAGAGCUCUUCAACAUCGUCGUCAACAUCAUCAACCGGUCGCUGCGAUGCGCCCCCCAAAACACCGUGUCCUCCUUGAUGCUCGUCGACGCCCCGGGGUGGCAGACGCCUUCCACGCCCGGCGGCUCGUCCCCCGGGCCCGCCGGCGCCCCCCCGGGCCACGCCAAUCACGCGGCGGAAGCGGCGCGGUCGGCGCCGCGCGCCGCCACCUUCCAGGAGUUGUGCGUCAACUACCUGCAGGAGCGGCUGCUGGAGCUGUUCCGCGAGCGCACCGUGGACUCGCAGGUCCGCACCUACCGGCAGGAGGGUGUGGAGGUGUCUGUGGAGGACCUGGACUUGUCUGCGCCAGCAGUGAUCGCUGCCAUUGACCAGCCGGCUAGCCAGACGCAGGCACGAGGAGGAGGGGGUGGAGGAGGCCGUGCGGAGGAAGCAAAGGGACUGCUGUGGCUGCUGGACGAGGAGGCCAUGAUGAACACCUCGUCUGACGAGGCCGCCAUGAUGGAGAGGUUCUUCACGAACUUCGGCAGCGAGAAAAGAGGCGGGUGUGCGAGGCGGGUGCCCGGUCACCCCCUGCUCGUGUCUCUGGCCCACGCGGACGGGGCUCACCUGGUCACGUACGACACGAGGGGAUGGAUCAGCCAAUCACGCGCUGCCAGCCAGUGUGGGCAGAGGGCAGGCAGCCUCCUCGCCCACACGUCGAGGAAAAGCGUCGGCGUUCUCCUGGGCGGGCGCACCGGCGGCGCCGUGCUGUCGGGCUCCGUCGCCGGCCUCGGCGGCGCCUCGCAGCCCGCGCUGCGCCGCGCCACCAGCGUCCGCAAGGCGUUCAGCACGGGGCCCGGUGCCGCCCGCAAGAAAUCGGCGCCCAUACAGGUCAAGCUGCAGGUGGAAGCGCUGGUGGAGACGCUGCGCCGCGCGCGCUCCCACUUCAUCCUGUGCCUCUCCCCGUCGCCGAGCGUCGACGCCACCGCCACACAGGACGUGGUGGUGCCGUGUGACAUCCCGCACCUUCGCACCCAGCUCCGGGCGUCCCGGCUCAUGGACGCCCUGCGUCUGCACCGGCAAGGUUUCCCGGAGCGCGUCGACUGUGCCGAGCUGCGCCGCCGUUUCUCCGUCCUCGCCCCCCACCCCUCCGUGCCCGACGAGGGGGUCGUCACCGAUGAGAAGAAGGCUGUUAAAGACUUGUUGGAGCAGUUGGAGCUGGAUCGGAGCAGCUACCAACUGGGCCACACCCAGGUGUUCAUGCGGGCGGGCGUGCUGCGCCGGCUGGAGCGUGAGCGGGAGCACCGAGUUGGCCACAACAUCACCCUGCUGCAGGCCGCGUGCCGCGGAUACCUGGCCCGCGUCAAGCACAAGAAGCGCAAGGUGCAGGCGGUGGCGAUCCGCUGCAUCCAGCGGAACGUGAGGAAGCAAGGCGCGGUGCGCGACUGGCUCUGGUGGAGGCUCUACACCUACGUGCUGCCCCUCGUGCAUGUCAACAUCACGGAGGAGACGCUGCGCUCGCGCGAUGAUGAGAUCCAGCAGCUGAAGAGCCGCCUGGAGAAGGUGGAGAAGGAGCGGAACGAGCUCCGUGUGGUGACAGAGCGGCUGGAGGGGAAGGUAUCGGAGCUAUCCGCCGAUGUGUCGGACGAGCGCGGAGCCUCCGAGUCGGCCAAUCAGCUGCUGGAGACGGAGACAGCUGACCGGCUGAGGAUGGAGCGCGAGAACCGCGAUCUGAGGGCCCAGCUGGAGACUGUGCGCCGGCAGCUGGAGUCAGUGUCGAGUCUCCAGUCACGGCUGCUGGAGUCGGACGUCACGGGGGGAGACGAGGGCGGUGACGACGACGAUGACGCGGGGGUGGCGUGGAACGCGCGCCUCGCGCGCGUCAAGCGCGACGCGGAGCUGGAGCGGCGCCGCCUGCAGCAGGAGGCGGAGGAGCAGCUGCAGGCCGAGACGCAGCUCCGGCGCCAGCUCGAGCGCAAGAUGGCGGACGUGCAGGCGGACGGCGAGGACAUGGAGCGCGCCCUGCAGCAGGCGAAGCGUCGCGCCGCGCGGCUCACCGCCGAGCUGCAGGACACGAAGCUGCAGGUAGACGCGCUGGCGGCGCGCAACGCCGAGCUCGAGAAGAAGCAGCGCAGGUUUGACACGGAGCUGGCCCAGGCGCAGGAGGAGGCGCGGUCGGAGAGGCAGGCCCGUGAGCGCGUGCUGCGCGACAAAGACACCGUGGCCACGGACGCCCACGGCCUCCGCACGCAGCUCCAGGACUCGGAGCUGCAGGUGGCGUCGCUGCAGCAGAAGGUGGAGUCGCUGGAGGCGGAGCUGGAGACGGUGUCGUCCCAGGAGUCUAAGGACGAGGCGUCGGUGGCUCGGCUGCGGAAGACGGUGCGGGAGCUGGAGAGCAAGACCAAGGAGCAGGAGGAGGAGUUGGACGAGCAGGCGGGGACCAUCCAGAUCCUCGAGCAGGCAAAGCUGCGCAGCGAGAUGGCGCUGGAAACGCUGAGGCAGUCGCAUCACAAGGACCUGGAGUCUCGGGACGAGGAGGUGGAGGAGACGCGGCUCGCCUGCCAGAAGAAGCUCAGGCAGAUGGAGAUGCAGAUGGACGAGGAGGCGGAGGAGAAGCAGAAAAUCCUGAAGGAGCGGCGGGAGCUGGAGGCCAAGCUGGCUGCAGUUGGGGAGCAGGUGAACUCGCGGGACGUGGAGGCCGAGCGGACGCUGCGGCUGGAGCUGCGGCGCACGCGGGCGCUGCUCUCCGACGCGCAGACGCUGUGCGCCCACCUCUCGGAGAAGAACUCCUCCCGCAAGGAGGUGGCCACGCUCAAGAGCCAGCUGGAGGAGGCGGAGCUGGCGUGCGCGGCGGCGGUGAAGUCGAGAAAGGCGCUGGAGAGGGAGCUCGAGGAGGCGGUGACGUCGCUCGACGAGGAGAAGAGGGCUCGCCAGCAGGCGGAGGAGCAGCUGAGCCUCCUGCAGCGGGAGGUGAACGAGCUGCAGAACCGCGCGGAAGAGGCCGAGGAGGAUUCCACGGAGACGCUGCGCAAACACAAGGCGUUCAUCGCGCAGGCUACGCAGGACGCGCUGCGGCUGGAGGAGGUGCGGGCGGAGGUGGACGAGGUGAAGAGGGAGCGGCAAGAGUUGCAGAGCAAGGUGUCGGGGCUGGAGGGAGCUCUGCUGGAGCUGCAGCAGUCGAGCGUGGAGCGCACCGUCGUCGGGAGGCUGGAGGCUCGAGUCCGCGAACUCACGGCAACGCUGGACCUCGAACGCUGCUCUACGCGCCGAGUCGAGUCCCAGCUGGCGCGUUCUCGGGAGACGGUGGAGAAGCUCACGUCGGAGAAGGAGAGCGGCCCCAACGCGGAGCUCCGCCGUGGGGACACAGCCCGGGCGGCGCAGAGGCAGCUUAGGGAGCUGCGCGAGGAGGCCGCCGUCGCGGAGGACAAGCACGCGGACGCGCUGCGCAAGCUGGCGCACGCCGAGGCGGAGCUGGAGCGGGUGGAGGCGGCCAAUCAGAGUGCGCAAACGGAGUUGAAGCUGGCUUUCCGACGAAUCACAGAGCUGCAGGCAGCGCUGGAGGCGGAGCUGGGGAGUGACGAUGGAGAGAGCGACGGGUACGGGAUGGAUUCGGAUGAAGACGGAGCCGAGAAUUGGAUGCCACCACGACGCGCACACAACACGCUCGCUGCGGGCAGCUCCGACGACGAUGACGACGCGGCCUAGCGGUGGGGGGGGGGGGGGGUGUACGGGGGACUGCUUGGCGCCGCGACACGUGGCCGGCGGGAUGAGGAUUUUUGUGUCCUUGUGGCGGCCGUUGCCAAAAGGUCUCAACUGGCAACCCAAACGGGGACUGAAACCACUACGGGGGACGACCCUUCCAAACGGCCCACGCCGUCCAAUCAACUGGAAGCGUUCCUGGAACUGGAAUGACACCGCGAAGGAAGCCAGUUGCGAAGCCGGAGCUUCAUCGGGAAUGGCAGCAGCGCAUCUGGAACUAUAACUGGAAUUGUUAAAAUCCAGAACUGGAACCCACCGUCGGACCCAGAGUGGAAUCGGACGGUGGUCUGGAUGUUGGGAUUAAAUCGUGAACGGGGGGGGGGGGGGGCACUGCGUUUGAAUCCGCGGGUGUGUGUGGAUUUCCCACCGGUAAUGGGGUCCCCGCGUGUUUCGCCGUCGGCUGUUAGAUUUGCUAAUGGCUGGGUAAGGACUUAGAACCGCGCCGCAUUUGCGGAGAUGCUGAAAGUUGCAGGGGUGACCCCGGGGCGGGCCCGGCGGCGGGUUUGGGUGCGGCCGCGCUCCCGGCUACUUGUAUCUCUUAAUCAGACUUAUCCUUGAACUUAACUUUGCUUGUGUAACUGGAGACCCCGCCCGGGUUUAUAUUUUUUGUUAAUGAGAUGGGCGGCCGAUUCCUCGCCCUCCUCCCCCCCUCCGCACGUUAAUUCGCGUAUCGGUAACGCUGCCCUCGUUUACGGGAGAGGGGGAAGCGGCGGCGGCGGCGGCGGCAUCACAGGGUGCUCUCCUCGCUCUGCACGGGGGUAGGUGUCGUCACAGCGGGGCUAAAUACGUCUUAGCCGUGCAGCCCGGCCUGGCAGCUACUACAGCGAGAGUACAAUACCUGCGAACGCUGUUGCCCGUGAGUGCCUGGGGGGGGGGGAUGGGGGACACGCUGCCUGUGUCCUGCAGCUGUCUCUGAAUCUUGCUUAGACCUACGCUGCACGGAAGUUGCCACCGGCUCCUGCGGGGCAACAUUAGUGCUGCUUUCUUGAAAGCAAGUCCCGCUUCGGAGCGCGCCGAGCUCCGAUACGGCCGUGCAAGCUCCGUCCGGAGCUGUGGCCACGGGGCGGAAUUUUUGCCGAGUGACUUGGGGCCUCUCCGCCACCUUCUUGGGAUGGGCGGCCACGUUACGCCAGCCGCGAGGUCGUUUCGGUAAGAAUGGGCACGCAGUAUCGCCGGGCAGCCGGGGUCGUGCUGGGUCGAGGACAGCCCUGCUGGACGAUACAAUGGGGGGGGGGGCGAGUCCAGCGUAGAGGUGUCAGGUCUGACCAGUCGGCCUUGACGCGCGCGGAGAGCAGACGCAUGCACGGCUUGCACGCAACUCGCCAAGGAGCACUACCCCCUGACCACUGCCACGGAUCGGAUGGCAGCUGUUAAGUUCCGCGAGACAUAUCCACACCGUGGCCCAAGCGUCGAUGCAGAUGGUGCACCGAGGGCCCCCACGGCCUUUUGUCCACGAGACGCGCGCGCCGCGCUACGUACACUGCCACUGCUGCGCGGCAUGGGGCACAUGCAUCAUCGCGGCACACCGUCCCCGUAGAUCAUCGCGCGCCGUACGCCACACCACCACCACAUCGUACCGCGCCAAGCGCACGAUCACGGCACACAGCGCACCAGACAAAUCGCCACACGGCACGCUGGCGAGCGGCGCGCCACGACGCAACAGCAACAGCACAACAAUAACAACACCACCACAACGACAGGCCAGGGACGCCAGCAGACAUCGUGAAACACGCAGCGUGGAUGUGCCGUGCCGGGCCGGGAUGUUACAAUCAUGAAUGCUUUUACACGCACACACACAAAAAAAAGUAUUUUAUUUUAAAAUAUCAACUUUUAUCGUGUAAUUAUCUCCAGUCUCUCUAUAUCUGGUGUUGGUGGCUAUCAGUGAUAUCUACAAUAAAUUGUUUAUCAAAG